AUGCCGAGCCCGGCCAAAGAUGGCACUUCGGCGGUGCCUACACUGUUGCCGCCGUCGUCGCUGUACCCGCCACCGUCUUCGCCCAGCGGCCCUCGGACGCUUAGAAAGCUCCAGUCGGCGCACAACCUCGGGGCCAAGGCCAACAGCAACAACCUGCCGUCGAUGAUCUCGCAGCAGCGUUUGCUCCAGCAGCAGCAACUGCACAAUCACCACCAGCAACAGGCACAGCAACAGCUGCAGUCGAUCCAGGCGCUACAGCAGCGCUCGGCGUCGCCCGUCCGUCGCAAUAUUAGCAACAUUAGCAACACGGCGACGCUCGGGACAGGUUCAGCCGGCAACGGCAUCACCACCCUCAGCAGCAACAACAACCGGUCACCUCAGCGCGGACGCGCCAACAGCGACGCGGCGAACAUCCAGCAGGUCAACGCGGCGGCGGCCAGCGCCAACGCGAGCCGACGGCCGCUGCUCGGCCGGUCACCAGCACUCGACGCACUUUCCAUCGACCGUCUGGUCCGUGACGGGCCACCAGACGGUGACGUGGUUGGCGCGCUCAACAACCUGCGGUGGAAAAUUCUGGAGACAGGCAUCAAGAGUGACGGCGAUGGCAUGUCCUCCGCACGCAUCUACGUCUGGCUGAUCCUUCUCGACUGCCCGGUGCUGGAGACCGACGCCUACCUCUCCCUCGUCCACCGCGGCGCAUCACCGGCCUACUCCAAGAUCCGCAACGACACCUUCCGCACACUCACGACUGACCCGCUGUUCCGCCGCCGCGUCAGCGAGGCCAGUCUCAUCCGGCUGCUCAACGCCAUUGCCUGGAAGCUCCAAGAUGUGCGCGAAGAAAAGAUUCUUAAACAUCCACCUAUGCCACCGCCGCCAGCAAGCCGCCAGUCACUACCCAAUCUACAACAGCAGCAGCCGGCGCACGAAAGCAACUUGUCUGGCGGCAAGGGUGUCCUCAGCAUGCUCAACAACGCCGCGGCCGACAGCUCGCCAUCAGCCAACACAUCGCCCGCCGCCAAGAAUCGCGCACGCGCGCUCACACUCACCACCGAGGGCUCAGAGACUAGCGUCUCGGCCGACCCGGGGACCUACGUGCAGGGCAUGAACGUCCUGGCAGCGCCGUUCCUGUAUGCCGCGCGCAGCGAGGCUGAGGCGUUUGUCGCCUUCCACCACCUGCUGACAAAAGAGUGCCCCGGCUACAUCCGCGGGGCCAUGGAUGGCGUGCACAAGGGUCUGGCCCUCGUUGACAAGGUGCUCGCCAUUGUCGACUCCAAGCUCAGCCUGUACCUGUUGUCGAAAAACUUGUCGGCCGAAAUAUACGCGUUUCCCUCGGUGCUGACGCUCUGCGCCUGCACGCCGCCACUGCCCGAAGUACUGCGGUUGUGGGACUUUCUGUUUGCAUACGGGCCACACCUCAACAUCGUGUGCAUCGUUGCGCAGCUUAUGAUGAUUCGCAACCAGAUCUUGACGAGUCCAAGCCCCAACAAACUUCUCCGAUCGUUCCCGGCGCUACAGGCCGACUCGAUCAAGCGUGUUACUCUUACCAUCAUCCGGAAGCUCCCGGCAGACGUGUACGCCGAGAUAGUCAACCACGCCUUAUGA